CGAACUUUGUAACUUCAGUCGCGGUGUGCAAGCGAGUCUGAGUAGAUCGUAGUGGCGUGUAAACGCUCUGUAAGCGCGUCGUCGGUUUUUUGUACUAUUUUCCAUUUCAUAUGCAUUUGAUUACGAAAUCACGCGGUGAAUAGACUGUGAGUUGCAGUGAAGCGAGAAAUAACAACAACAAAAGUAAACAAGCAAGCUACUAACUAACAACAAACACGCUAUACAAGUGAAUUGACAUAUUUAAUCAGUGACCUCUGAAGGCCUACGUGAAUUCCAGCCACAUACCACACACACACUCAAGCGCACACUCUAAUUUAGAGUAUAGUAAACAUGGAUCAGAAGCGUGCUAUGCUUUACCCGGACAUCGAUCCUGCCGCACACCAUGCUGCCACACGCGAUCAUCGCAUAUCUGCCUCGGCCGCUAUGGGUCUGCCAACUGAGGCGCCACCCUCAUACGACAUGGCCAUAGCGUCCACAUCGACGCCAAACGGUCCACACAGUAACAGCGGAAAUAGUAGUGGUCCUAGUGGUGUGAUCGGUGAUGGUGCUGCUGCUUCGUCUCUUGACUGGCAUCCAAGCGCUCCACCCACAGCGACCACACCCGUAACACAACCACAAGCGCCAGUACCUCCGCACCGACAGCCACGAACGGCACCACAGCAGACGCCGCUACAACACGACAGCCAGACAAGGCCGGUGAUUGUGGUACAACCGUUGCCACACAAUCAACAACAACCACAUGCGCCGCCAAUACAAACAGCUAAUACCUCAGUGCCCAUAAAACUUGGACCCAAUCCAUGUGCGGUGACAUGCCCGGUUUGCGGUGCCACGAAAACGACCCGAAUGGUUUUCACACCCAACACACGAACGCACAUUUGUGCGGGAUUACUCUGCCUAGCCGGUUGGUGUUGUUGCGCCUGCACAGUGCCCUAUUGCAUGAACAGCUGUCGGACCGGUAAUCAUUAUUGCUCGCAAUGCAACACAUUUCUGGGUGUUUAUAAUCCGCGAAGAGCGAGAAAGUGAAACAGUGAGAGCGUUGGAGUUAUUGAGAGCAUAUUUAUUAUGUAAUGUUUUUAUAGCGUUUUAUCAUAAUUUUUUUUUUGUUUAUUAAUUUCACUUUAACCCGCUACAGUCAAUCUCAUUUGCUGCGCAUGCGUGCUCGUAUUAAUACAUAUAUAUAUAUUUAUUGAUAUAUAUUUACAUACAUACAUACAUACACAUAUAUUUUUUACUUGUGAUGAAGCACACAUUUUAUAAUAACACAUUUCCCUCAAGUGUGUAUGCGUGUUGUAUAAAAAAUUUAUUAUUUCAUAUGUAAUUACUUUAAGAUAAGCGGAUAAUAAUAAUGGAAAAAAUACAUGCGAUAUAAUCAUGCUGAA